UAAGCAGGAAGUAUGAGGGCUUAUGAAAUCUUGGUUGAAAUGACAAUGCUCUUUCAAACUCAAAUUGGUCUAUUUGCAGUUGCUGUAUUGCAGUGCCCAGGUAAAAGAGCUUUUCUUCUAAACUUUGAGCAGGGAGCAACCGAGUUGACCUACAGCAAUAUAUAUACAUGAACAUGGAGUUGGAACUUGAAUUGGAAAAUGAAAAUAAGUCAACUGAGAUUCAAAAUGAUUUUUCAUUUACUCGCUUGAACCAGCCUACAACAACAAAAGGACCUUUCAGCUUUAUCCUCAUUGCCGCAUCUAUAACUGCAUCUGUAAGUGGACUUACCUUUGGCUAUGAGCUUACAAACAUUUCGGGAGCUCUUCUGCAGUUGAAGACUGACUUCAAUCUUACCUGUGUGCAACAAGAAGUACUCGUCAGCACAGUCUUAAUUGGAGGAGUAAUAGGUUCCCUUGCUGGUGGAUACAUUAUCGAUCGAUGGGAAAGGAGGAUAGGAAUCAUUGUAACGUCUUUGUGUUUUAUAGUUGGCAAUAUCAUUAUGUCUUCCUCUUCUUCCUACGCAAUACUUGUACUGGGCCGCAUCAUUGUGGGAGCCGCUACAACUUCAAGUGUAUUUUCAGCAUGUAUUUAUCUGUCAGAGAUUGCACCACCUGAAAAAAGAGGCAUGCUGGUUUCCCUGAUUGAAUUCAUGAUUGUUAUUGGUAUUUUGUUCGCAUAUAUUAUUAAUUACAGUUUCUCAAGCGUUUCAGAAGGUUGGCGGUGGAUGUUCGCUAUUAAUCUCAUUCCAGCUGUGCUGCAAAUCAUUGGUGUCUUCUUUAUUCCACCAAGUCCUCGGUUUAUGAUUAGAAAAGGAUACGAUGAAAAGGCAAGUCUUAUCCUGCAGAAAAUUAGAUCAUAUUCCAAUGUUGAUGAUGAACUGACAGCCAUCAAAUCGUCAUUGAGCAUUGAGAGCAAUUAUACAUAUUGUGAUCUGUUUCGGGCAAAGGACAACAUGAGACUACGAGUGGGAAUAGGGUUUGGUCUGGCUUUUUUCUUGCAAGCUUCUGGCCAACCAAAUGUUUUAUAUUAUGCAUCAACUAUCUUAAAAUCAGUUGGCUUUGCAAGUAACACAACAGCGACAUUAGCCUCAGUUAGCGUGGGGCUGGUAAAAGUGCUUGGCACACCUUUAGCAAUGCUACUUUUGGACCGAAUAGGACGCAAAAUAUUUCUCUACAUUGGAAGUGCUACUAUGAUUGUAAUGUUGACCAUUCUGGCUAUGGUGGUCCAUAAAAUUCCAGUGCAAUUCACAGAUGUCUGCAAGUACCCCAAUCACACUGAUCACUGGCAAGAUAAUGUCACAUCUACAAUAUCUGGCUAUAAUUCAACAAUAGUCAGCAUGUUUGGCGAGCAAGUUGCUUCAUUGGAAAAUAGAAGCAAUUCAUUCACAAAUCAAAGCAAUAUGGGAAAUACAACAGUGCCAUAUCAAUCCUCCUCUCCAUUCACAGGAAGCUCGAAGAAGAAUGGAGAUGGGAAGGAAGAAGUACCUCCUUUGCUGAAAUGGCUGUCCCUUGCUUGCUUACUUUUAUAUGUUGCUGCUUUUUCCAUAAGUUUUGGACCAGUGGUAUGGGUGCUGUUGAGUGAAAUAUUUCCAGUAGGGAUAAAAGGCAGAGCUACAUCAUUCAUAGGAUUCUUCAACUGGGCAUUCAAUCUGCUCACUGCUUUAACUUUUCUCUCAGUGACAGAAUCUAUAGGCCUGAUGUGGAUGCUUCUGAUGUAUGCAAUACUGAGUUCCGCUGGGCUGAUUUUUAUCUUUUUCUUUAUACCUGAGACUAAAAAUCAAACACUUGAGGAAAUAUCUGAGCAACUGAGCCAAGGGUACAAUGUAACCGGAGCUUGCUGUACUAUGGAAGGUGUAAAGAAGCUGAUCCCUAAACGACUUUGGAAACGCAAAGGUGGUGAGAGCUCCAUCUGGGCUACUGAUAUUGAAUACCACACAGAUGGCUUGGAAAAUUAUUUUGGUGAUGGUUCUCUGUGACACACUUCAAAAAUAUUUUUUGGAAGUGUUCAUGCACUGAUCUUCUAACUGUUCGAUUUUCAUUCAUAACUGCAACAGAACUCUCAGUUUUCCAGAACAAUAGUCUCCAGAUAUUGGUGAUGGGGAACCAGGAACAGGCACAGGCUAUUCAGCCGUACAAGCUUGCUUCACCAUUCAAUAUAAUUGUGGCCAUUCAUUCAAAUUCAAUACCCUCUUCCAGCUUUCUCCCUAUAUCCCUUAAUCCCUCAAAAAUCUUGUAAUUGAUUAUAUUUAAUGAUUUGACUUCAAUUAUCUUUCAUGGUGAAGUUUACUAUUCUUGGGGAGAAAAAAAUUCUCUCUUUAUCUCAGUCUUAAGCGGCUUUCCCCUUAUUACUCAAUAAUUUUGAAAUUGUCUGUGAUAUAGGAAAGGCACACCUAAUUAGCACCAAUGAGUAACAGACAGCCAGCACACAAAAGGUACUGAAUUCAGUUUUGCUAUAACUAGUGGAAAUAUUGCAUGUUCCUCUCUUUAACAAACAAUGAUGAAAAUCUCUACAGCACAGCAGAAGAUGAUGCUGUAAUAGACGUUACUUUGGAGACCCUGCCACAGCAUGGUUUGUCCAGUUGGUAGAUGAUAUUUAUUGAUAUUAAUUGUAACAUGUAUCUAUAAACAAAUGAGCAAAAGCAUGCUCAAAAUCUCCAAGCCAAACUAUAAGAAUCAGAUUUAAUAUCACCGGCAUAUGUCAUGAAAUUUGUUAACUUUAUGGCAGCAGCACAAUGCAAUACAUGAUAAAUAAGUAUUGGAAAAAACCCUAAGUUACUUUAAGUAUAUAUAUGUCUAUUAAAUAAUUAUGUUAAAGUAAGUAGUGAAAACUAACAGAAAUAAAAAAGUAGUGAGGUAGUGUUCAUGGGUUCAAUGUUCAUUUAGGAAUCGGAUGGCAGAAGGGAAGAAGCUGUUCCUGAAUCGCCAAGUGUGUGCCUUCAGGCUUCUGUACCUCCUUCCCGACUGUAACAAUGAGAAGAGGGUGUGUCCUGGGAGGUGGGGCUCCUUAAUGAUCUAUUGAUCCGGUGGGGAUUUAUUGACUUGGCCAGGGUUCCUACCCAUCUCUUCAGUGCACUUGAUCUCUGGUAGGUUCAUGUUUCAGUUAUAGCUCAGUCCAGGUACAUUUUGGAAAGGGCCAAAGAGUUUGAUACCAAUGUACAUCACUGAUAGAACGUAACCUGUUGAAUCCAUAAUGUGCUCCACUAAAGUGCAUAUAUGCCUCCUUGUGUAGCAGAAAUAGCCUCUAACUACUCUGAUGGCUUACCAGAACUGUGCCCUGCUUAUUAUUUUUCUCUGUAUUAUUGAAGGGAGUACUUUUCAGGUGAGAUGAGUGUACCAUUUUUCCUUGAAUACUAUCUGCAUUAGUGCAGAUUAGUUUCACUAACUCAGUUACUGUACAUGAGGCUCUUUAAAUGUGUUGGAAAAUGUGUAACUUGUUUGCUAUCUUUCACCACUGGCACUUCAACAAUAAAGAUCCACCACCCCCAACAUAUCCCCUGGCAUUAUGGGGAAAUGGCAGGUAGGUGGAACUGAGUCAUCACACAGGACCUUAUUGAAUAGUAGGGCUGGCUUAACAGGCCAAAUAAUCUACUCCUUCUCCUGUAUCUUAUGUUCUCAUAUUAUGCCUUGGUGAAUAUCACUCAUAGUACACACUGCUGUGACCUUUUCCAACUGGGUGACUUGAAUCAGAUCAAUACCCAAUAAGCCGUUGUUUUUCCAUAGUCUCGCUUAUUUGAAUCAGCAGUCUGUAUAAAGACAGCCAAUAAUGAAAAUUUCCAAAGUUAAGCGUGACCUGUCAUGCUUUAUUGAUAAAUCAGAUACAGAUUCACUUCUUUAUAACAGCAAAACUUGACGAAGUGCUGGGGUCAGCUCACAAGUGUUGUCACACAUUCUGGCGCCACUUUAGCAUGCCCACAAUGCUCGGCAGAACAAUACAGAACACAGCAAGCAACGAAACACCAACUGCAAAACAAGACCCUUUCCUCCCUACCACCCACCCACCCACACACACCGUCUUCCCACCCCAGGACAGGACUCUGGGCCUCCAGCGGACUCAUGGACAAAUGGCCUCCAACCUUUUCAGUGGACUUCGACUUACAGACCUCUGAUCGGCUUUCUGGCUUUGAUCUUCAGUACUGACCCCAGGACUAGCUGAUGAUGGGACCCUGAACUCCACACCAUGAACACUAGGCUCACUGACUCGCUUACCUAGAGAGUCAACAGCUCUCAUGCCCCUGCUCACAUGAACAUCGGAUCCUGGGAUAUACCAACCUGGGAACUUGCUAACCUGGUGGGCCAUGAACCCUCAACCUCACUAGUUCUAAUUCACAGAACUUGCCAACCCAACAUCCAUGGACAUCCUUCAUUACAAGUCCACAUCAUUGGCCUUCAAGCAUGGGGCAAUGGACUAGACACCAAAUGCCAUUCAUCCCAUCAGACCACCAAAUUAAUCAAAAUAUUUUUGUAAAUAACCUGUCAAAUUUUCUCUUAAUAAACGAAAUGUGUUCUAACAAAGCAAAAACAAUAUUCACCGUGGGUGAAUUUACUUCAUUGAAUUAUUUUGUACCAUUUACCUCAGUUGACUCUGCUUCAACAAGCGAUGUGGCCAGCCACAUCUCUACGUUCUGAGCGUGUGUUAUCCUUCACUACCAAGUACCUCUACAGACACGAGGUUCAUGUCUCUUGGUUUUUUCAAGGAAGACUUUCAAACAAAUUGGAAAAUGAGUUAUUAAAAGAUUCAUUUUUGGAAUGAUUCACUUUAAAUUUCAACAACUUUUCUGUUGUGGAGCGCCAAGUGAGAGUGGGCCUGUGAUUAACAGCAGCUGUGGUUUAUUUGCUUUCCUUUUGGCAAUGAAGGCAGUUUAUCUUUCUCACCAGUCAAAGGUUCAAAAUUCAAUCACUGUGCCUUUUCCAUUUUUCAGUUAAGUGAAAGAAAGGAAGAUUUGCAUUUAAACAGUACGUUUGAUGCUCUGGAAACACUUGAUACUACAGUUCAGCCAAAAAAUACUUUUAAAGUUUGAUUUUACUGGCAAACAGAAUGCCCAGUUUGCACAAAGGAUUGGAACAAUUAGCUACUUAUCUGAUUUUUAGUGUUUGUUGAGAAGUACAUGCUGGUUUCAGCAUCAUACAACUUCCUCUCAUUUGAGUUCAAGUCUUUACUCUCGCAUUCUUUAUGUUCAUGUGAACUGGCAGAUUGUUAGGAGCCUUUCAAAGUCUCAUCAAAGGGCAACAGCAAUGACAAUGCAGCCCUCUCAGGGUGAGUGCUGUAUUGUUAACAUUAAAUAUGACCUCAAACCUCGAAGCAUGAUUGUGACCCUCAAAUUCUGGCUCAACGAUUAAAGUAAUGGCGUUGAUUCCAGAGGGACGUUUAAAUUAGAAAUACUUAAGUCUUCAUAAACUAUUAAGCAUGUCAUCGAUUUAUUUCUUUUCUUGAGAAUUUAUUCUCUUUAUAUGCUGCUCAAGUAUUGAAACUGCUCCAAUUGCUCUGAGGCCAAAGGGCUUUCAAUGGAGAAAGGGAUGGUGAAUGUGAUUAUGUUGCACAUAGGAGGCUACAGAUGGGUUAGGGUGAAACAAUACUCCAGAAGAAAUGUCCCAUUCUCCAGUCCACUCCUUCCUCCAUAAUGCUCCCCACAACUCUGUAUCAACAAAGCAUUGUAAUCCUCAAUUCUGCAAUAUCCAAUCCUGUCAAAUACCAAAGCAGUAAGGUAAUAGAUUAGAAAGGUGAAAAGAAACUUAAUUGCAGAUUAGAAUUUCCUGGUUUAAGCAGAUGACUGUGUAACAAGUUUUUUCACCCUAGUUCUGGCAAAUAUAUUGUUUAUUGUCCCUCUGCAUUUCUCAUCAUCUCUAUCAAUAUGUCCUUCAUGAAGUAUCUCAUUGGCCUAUCUGAUCAUGAACUGAGCUUUAAGGAUCAUAAGAAUGCUACCCAGGAGGCUGUCUACCUAUUCAACAUUGCCCAGUUCCAGAAUUUUUCUUUAGGUUUGUUGAGAUAUUUGGGAUAUUUCUACCCUAGUAACAGUUAUGGUCAGGGUGCAGGGCAAUGGGACUAGGCAGAUUAAUGGUUCAGCAUAGACUAGAUGGGCCAAAGGGCCUGUUUCUGCGCUGUAUUGUUCUACAACUCUUCUGUGGCUCUAUCUUGGAAUGAUCUGCUCAGAUUUUUUGACAAGUUGUGCAUGCAGAUCUGCAGGUGCUUAUCUUAGAGGGCAAUGCCUAUCAGAAAGGUGAAACCAAAGAAUAUCUUUUACCAUUUAUGUUUAGCAAUUGCAUGUCUUUAACAAUCUUUUAUUAAAUAGUAUUUAAUUAACAUUCACAUGGACAGCAAACAAAAAUAUUUUGAUUGGUUGAGAAUUUCAGCCUUUUAAAUUUUCUUUUGGUAAAAUAUGGUACUAUUUGUAGUUUGGUUCCUGCCUCAUCUUUUCUGAAGUUUGGGGAAGGCAGGAGAAUGGGGAUGAGAAGGAUAAUAAAUCAGCCAUGAUGGAACGGCAAAGCAGUCUCGAUGGGCCGAAUGGCCUAAUUCUGUUCCUGUGUCUUUUGGUCUUAUGGGUUAGAUUCCAACAUAAUAUUUUGAGAAAGGAACACUGCUGUUUUACAUGGGUGUGAAGAAUUUCUAAAUUUUCAAGGACAACAUAUUUAGAAUGUUGGAGAAACUCAGCAUCGAUGAAGGGGCAUAACCUGUCAAUAUUUCAUGCCAAUAUCCCGACAAAGGGUCUCAGCCCUAAAAUCAACAUCAACAGAAGCAUUAACAGCGGCAGGGUAUGUUGAGAAAGCAGUCAUCAAAGCAUAAUUAACUUCGAGCUUAUCUUGCUGAAUCUAUACAACAAUGAACUUCCAUAACGGUUCAUCUUCAACUGGACUAUUUUUCAUUUUUGCUUUGUUUUUUUUUGUUUUUAUCUGUCUCAAAUUAUCAUAUUUCCUUAUCUGUUUUUACGUGUACAUGAUUAUACAUUGACUUAAAUAAUUCAGCUUGGAUUUUCUGAUUUGAGCUUUGUGUGAUCACUAGGAUUGUUCAAUCUGAACAGUUACGCACUCCACUAUUGGUUACCCUGUUAACAUAUAGAGGCUACAGCUCCAUUUUGGUUUCUAUAUGUGACACAGUGUAAAUAACUGCCACACAUGAUAAAAUCCAGGCCAAAAUUUAAUCUGUGCUCGGUAGCAGGGUUUGAACUACAAUCCACAGUUGGCAUCUCCUUAGUCCCUUGGUAGACUCAAUAUCUAUGUUCCAAGGAUGGCGUUAUAGACAGAGUAGAGCUCUAAUGUUACAUUCUGUAAUUACUAAUACAUGAACAUAAGCACUUGCAUGAUUCUCACUUUAGCUGUCAUUGCCUGUCCACUGGCUUUCACCGUUUGAAAUCCUGAAGAUGACGGAAUGCAGUAAUCGCGAUCUUAGUAAGUUUUUAACACUGCAUUGGAUCUGGAAUAACAAUUAUUUCGUUCUUCUUUACACUUGUGUACUGGAAAAGACAUUAAACAAUCAUGAAUCUUCAGUGAUUGCUAUCGCUCUGAAUUCCACAUGAGGCAAAGGAGACUAUCAAAUAAUUUAGGCUGCAAUUGUGUCGAAAGUUAAGAUGUUUCACCAGAUCAGGACAAGAUUCCAUGUGAGAAUUCAAGUUACUCUCCACACAACUGUAGUAGAACAUGAAAUGGUAGAAGGGAAUGGAAAUAAUAACGCUGGUGAACAGGUAGAGGGACGACGGUUGUGCACAGGUGAAGCAAUUCUAGCCUUUGGAGACUUUUAAUCGAUAUAAACAAUUUCCUCAGACUCUGGAUUGUUUAGGCAACAGGCUGAUUAAAGGUGCUGUACUAAUUUCUGCAACUCUGUUUUUCACCCAGAUGAAAAUAUGUAUGAGGACUUGGAGGAAGAUUAGACCCUGCCAUUCUGACCUCAGCCCUGCAGGAGAGCCUCAGGCACACCUAUUCCAUCAUGUCCAAGUGUCUUCCAGAGAGGAACAUCUGAGGUGUUGCACACUAGUGAUGGGUACUUUUAUGGUCAUUCAUAACUCACAGGUAGCCAGGUGGAAAAGGAAAUGUAAGAAAAGGAUAAAGGCAUCUACUAAUAGAAAGGUCAAAGGUGUCAAACCUUGGCUAAGGAGUACUGGAUAUAGUUCUCACAGUCACUGAUUUGAAACCACAAUUUUGAUUAGUGAGAAGGGACCACAAACUGUUAUGCAAGAUGCACAACUUCUGGACAAUAUGCAACAGCACAAGAAGAAACAUCGAAAUGUCUUUAUAUGCCAUUAUAUUUACCACUAGAUAGAAUAAUAAGAAAGAUCCUUGGAAGUGACUUCAUCCCUGUGACUUGGAAAGCAUUUGCUACCAACGAGGCAGCUUACACAGCAAAGCAGAGAUAUUCACAAAGAUCAUUACAGAUCACCCCAAAGACACAAAAAGAAAUCAAGCUUCAUUGGUGCAUAUCUCGAGAAAUCUUUCCUUAAAAGGCAGAAAGCAAUUGUUCAGUUGUAUGAAGUCUUAGACUCUGUUUGGAGUAUAGAGUUUUGCUUUGGGCAGAGCACCACAAAAGAUCAAUUUUGCACAGUUUCAAUAUAAAUUUAUCAGAAUGAUAUAAAAAAGCUAUAGGCAAAAUGUUAGCUUUAGAUGUGCUUUAAGGUCAUUAAUGGAGAGGCCAUCAAUUGAAACAUUAAUUCUUUUCCUUUCUCUAUAGAUGCCACUUCACUUGAGCAUUUCCAGUGUUUUCUGUUUUAAUCCAAGGUUUUAAGGUUGUAAGAAUUGGCUUGAAUUCUUUGAGUUUAGAAGAUUGAGGGUGCAUCUAAUUGGAGUUAAUACAGAGAUACAGAAAUAACUAAUUUUUCAUGGAUUAUGCAGAACAAGACUGGAGAAGCUCCAGUGGAUUUAAACUAGAUACAAGGCAGGAGGGAAACCAGAGUGUAGGAACAGAUGUAUGGGAAAAGAAAGAAAAAGAAGAUAGUAAAGUUGUUAGCACUGUUAGUGAUAAACAGAGUAAGAGGUGGAGAAUUUCUUAAAUGCAUUUAUUUUAAUGCUAGGAGCAUUGUAAAAAAGGUGGAUGAGCUUAGAGCAUGGACUGAUACCUGGAAAUAUGAUGUUGUAGCUACUAGUGAAACAUGGUUGCAGGAGGGGUGUGAUUAGAUUUCGUUGCUUCAGGUGUGAUAGAAUCGGAGGGAUGGGGGGGUGUUGCAUUGCUUGUCAGAGAAAAUAUUACAGCGGUGCUCUGGCAGAAUAGAUUAGAGUGCUUGUGUAGGGAGGAUAUUUGGGUGGAACUGAGGAAUGGGAAAGGUGUAGUAACACUUAUAGGAGUAUAUUGUAGACCACUUAAUGGGGAGCGAGAAUUGGAGGAGCAAAUUUGUAAGGAGAUAGCAGAUAUUUGUAGUAAGCACAGGGUUGUGAUUGUGGGAGAUUUUAAUUUUCCACACACAGACUGGGAAGCCCAUUCUGUAAAAGGGCUGGAUAGUUUGGAGUUUGUAAAAUGUGUGCAGGAUAGUUUUUUGCAGCAAUGCAUAGAGGUACCAACUAGAGAAGGGGCAGUGUUGGAUCUCCUGUUAGGGAAUGAGAUGGGUCAGGUGACAGAGGUAUUUGUUGGGGAGCACUUUGGGUCCAGUGAUCACAAUGCCAUUAGUUUCAAUAUAAUUAUGGAGAAGGAUAGGACUGGACCCAGGGUUGAGAUUUUUGAUUGGAGAAAGGCUAAUUUUGAGGAGAUGCAAAAGGAUUUAGAAGGAGUGGAUUGGGACAAUUUGUUUUAUGGGAAGGAUGUAAUAGAGAAAUGGAGGUCAUUUAAAGGUGAAAAUUUGAGGGUACAGAAUCUUUAUGUUCCUGUUAGGUUGAAAGGAAAGGUUAAAAGUUUGAGAUAGCCAUGGUUUUCAAGGGAUAUUGGAAACUUGGUUUGGAAAAAAGAGAGAUAGCUACAAUAGAUAUAGGCAGCAUGGAGUAAAGAAAUUGCUCGAGGAAUAUAAAGAAUGUAAAAAGAAUCUUAAGAAAUAAAUUAGAAAAGCUAAAAGAAGAUACAAGGUUGCUUUGGCAAGUAAGGUGAAAAUAAAUCCAAAGGGUUUCUAUAGUUAUAGUAAUAGCAAAAGGAUAGUGAGGGAUAAAAUCGGUCCCUUAGAGAAUCAGAGUGGACAGCUAUGUGUGGAGUCCAAAAGAGAUGGGGGAGAUUUUGAGCAAUUUCUUUUCUUCAGUAUUCACUAAGGAGAAGGAUAUUAAAUUGUGUAAGGUAAGGGAAACAAGUAGGAAAGUUAUGGAAACUAUGAUGAUUAAAGAGGAGGAAGUACUGGCACUCUUAAGGAAUAUAAAAGUGGAUAAAUCUCCAGGUCCUGACAGGAUAUUGCCUAGGACCUUGAGUGAAGUUAAUGUAGAAACAGCAGGGGCUCUGGCAGAAAUAUUUCAAAUGUCAUUAGAAACAGGGAUGGUGCCGGAGGAUUGGCAUAUUGCUCAUGUUGUUCCAUUGUUUUAAAAGGAUUCUAAGAGUAAACCGGGCAAUUAUAGGCCUGUAAGUUUGAUGCCCGUAGUGGGUAAAUUAAUGGAAAGUAUUCUUAGAGAUGGUAUAUAUAAUUAUCUGGAUAGACAGGGUCUGAUUAAGAACAGUCAACAUGGAUUUCUGCGUGAAAGGUCAUUGUUUGACAAAUCUUAUUGAAUUUUUUGAAGAGGUUACUAGGAAAGUUGACGAGGGUAAAGGAGUGGAUGUUGUCUAUAUGGACUUUGACAAGGUUCUGCGUGUAAGGUUAGGUAGGAAGGUUCAAUCGUUAGGUAUAAAUAUUGAAGUAGUAAAAUGGAUUCAACCGUGGCUGGAUGGGAGAUGCCAGAGAGUAGUGUUGGAUAACUGUUUGUCAGGUUGGAGUCCAGUGACUAGUGGUGUACCUCAGGGAUCUGUACUGGGUCCAAUGUUGUUUGUCAUAUACAUUAAUGAUCUGGAUGAUGGGGUGGUAAAUUGGAUUAGUAAGUAUGCAGAUAAUACUAAGAUAAGUGGCAUUGUGGAUAAUGAAGUAGGUUUUCAAAGCUUGCAGAAAGAUUCAGGCCCGUUAGAAGAGUGGGCUGAAAGAUGGCAGAUGGAGUUUAAUGCUGAUAAGUGUAAGAUGCUACAUUUUGGUUGGACUAUUCAAAAUAGGAUAUACAUGGUAAAUGGUAGGACAUUGAGUAAUGCAGUAGAACGGAAUGAUCUAGGAAUAAUGGUGCAUAAUUCCCUGAAGGUGGAAUCUCUUGUGGAUCGGGUAGUGAAGAAAGCUUUUGGUAUGCUGGCCUUUAUAAAUCAGAGCAUUGAGUAUAGGAGUUGUGGCGUAAUGUUAAAAUUGUACAAGGCAUCGGUAAGGCCAAAUUUGGAGUAUUAUGUACAGUUCUGGUCACCAAAUUAAAGGAAAGAUGUCAACAAAAUAGAGAGAGUACAGAGAAGAUUUACUAGAAUGUUACCUGGGUUUCAGCACCUAAGUUACAGGGAAAGGUUGAACAAGUUAGGACUUUAUUCUUUGGAGUGUAGAAGGUUGAGGGGUAACUUGAUAGACGUAUUUAAAAUUAUAAUAGAGUUGACGUGAAUAGGCUUUUUCCAUUGAGAGUAGAGAAGAUUCAAACAAGAGGACAUGAGUUGAGAGUUAAGGGGCAAAAGUUUAGGGGUAACACGAGGGGGAAUUUCUUUACUCUGAGAGUGGUAGCUGUGUGGAAUGAGCUUCCAGUAGAAGUGGUAGAGGCAGGUUCAAUAUUGUCAUUUAAAGUAAAAUUGGAUAAGUAUAUGGACAGGAAAGGAAUGGAGGGUUAUGGGCUGAAUGCAGGUCAGUGGGACUAGGUGAGAGUAAGCGUUCGGUAUGAACUAGAAGGGCCGAGAUGGCUUGUUUCUGUGCUGUAAUUGUUAAAUGGUUAUAUGGUUAAGACAGCGUAAAUGAAAUAUUGGAGCCAAACCAUUUAAGAAUGAGGCAUAGACACAUUUCUCAAACAAAUAAUUGUAAAAAUUAAACCCUUUCCUCAUCCUACCCAUCUCUCUGCAAAUAAAGGGUUGUAGAUGUCAGGACUAAGGAAGAUAAAUAUUCUUUUUCUCUAUCAAGAUAUUAUGAGAAAUGAGUCAAAGAGAGAGAAAUUGAGUUAGUACAAAUCAACUCUAAACAAAUUCUGUCCUGAAACAGGCUCAGGGACCAACUGUUUUACCCCUCUAACUCAUGGAGUACAUCUUUAUAGAAACAGGACUUCUGCUCCUAGAAGUUUACUUCCUGAGAACUUCCCCUUAGUUCAUUUUGGAGGGGUGGAUAACACACAUGUAGCAAUUGCUUCCAAAAUGAUUCGUACAAGUUUUUAAGAGAUGCACAUUGUGUGAAGCACUUGUCAUAUUCUUUUUCAGUUAAUGUACACUAAAAUGAGUAAUUGUAAGUGUCUGCACACCAAAUGACUUGGUAAACUGGAUACACGUGAGCUUAAUCACAGGGUAGCAACGGAGGGCUGUUUUUCUGGCUAGAGGUCCGUGAUAGGUGGUGUGUGUGUGUGUGUGUGUGUGUGUGUGUGUGUGUGUGUGUGUGUGUGUGUGUGUGUGUGUGUGUGUGUGUGUGUGUGUGUGUGUGUAUGUGUAUAUAUAUAUAUAUAGCUGGGGUAUGUAAAUUUCCAUCUGACUGCAUAGGUUUCCUCCAACAUUCCAAAAACUUAUGGGUUAGGUUUAGUAAGUUGUGGCAUAGCGAUACUUGCAUCCUUCGACUGUGUUGGUCAUUGAUGCAAACAAUGCAUUUCACUGCAAAUUUUGAUAGUUCAAUGUACAUGUGACGAAUAAAGCUAAUCUCAAGCUGAGCUUCAUCCAUACAAAUGUGAGGUGAUGCACUUUGGGAGGACAAAUGCAAGACAAAAGUAAAUGGCAGGAUCUUCAGGAGCUUUGCUGUACCGAGAGAUCAUAGAGUGGAAGUCCUGAGCUCCCUGAAGGUAGCAACACAAGUCGAUCAGGUGCGAAGAAGGAGCUGGCAAGUCACGUUCCAGCUGUAUAAAGCAUUGGUUAGGCCACAUUUAGAAUAAUGUGUGUGGUCCUGGGUGCCACACUUCAGAGAAGUAUGAAAGCUUUGGUAAGGAUGCAGAAGAUGUUUACUAGGAUGUUGCCUGGAUGAGACAGUAUUAGAAAUAAGGACAGUUCAGAUUAUUUUUUCUGGAUCACCAAAGCCUGAGGGGUGUUCUGACAGAAAUCUACAUUAGAAGAGCUAUAGAUAAGGCAGAGAUUGAUAGAUUCUCGAUUGGUCAGGGCUUGAAGGGAUGCGGGGAGAAGGCAGGAGACCGGGAGUGAGAGGAAAGUUAGAUCAGCCAUGAUGAAAUGACUGAGUAGCCUCAAUGGCCAAAUGGCCUAAUUCUGCUCCUAUAUCUUACGGUCUUAUAAGAGUGGAAUGUCAGAGUUAUGUGGAAAUGUCAAAUAUCAGAAGGCUUAGGGUUAAGCAGAAUUGUUUUUAAACAAAGCUGCCGGGGAAGUUGGAGAAGCAAAUGUGAUAGCAAUGUUUAAGAGGUGUUUAGAUGGAAUCAUGAGCAGGAGAAAAUGGACAGAUUUUGACCAUAUACAAGCAGAUGACACUAAUUUAACUUGAUAGUGUGGACAUAUUGGAUUCUACAUUAUAUGCUCAGAUAAAAUAUAACUGCAUUAGCUAAUAUUGUGUCUGUGUUUUUUUAAGAGAGGUAGUUACUGACUAGCCAAGCAACAAAUAACGUGCUGGAGGAAUUCAGUAGGCUAAACAUCAUCUUUGGGGAGGGGGACAGGAAUUGCCAACAUUUCAAGUUGAAGGACUGAUGCAGGCUUUCCUUUCCUCCCCAUGGAUCCCACUUGAUCUGCUUUGCUCCUCCAGCAGAUUGGUGCACUAAACCACCAAACCAACCUUUUGUGUCUCCGUUUUAUUACUUUAUUAUACAAAGCAUACUUUCCUUGAAGGAAUUUCCUCCUUUCUUCGGCAGUUCUGAUGCAGAAUUUUGACCUGUAACAUGAACAGCUCCUUCCCCCCUCCACCACAGAUGCUGCUCGACUCACUGAUUUCACGAGAGUGAAUUGUUCCUCCAGUGACCAGAAGAGUAUAAACACAUUUAUGUGUUCAAUGUGUUCAGUGAGCUGGUUCAAUCCAGAUUGAGAUGGGUCUACUCAUAAUCUGCCCUCAUCCCACUGGCUGUUUCCUUCAUGGAAUGGAAGCAAAAGAGCAGUGAUUACAGGCUUGGCCACAUUCACUGAUGGAACAGGGCAGACAAGAGGGUUUAGAAGACUGGCACCAUGCUGGUUUGUCAAUGACUGAUUUCCAUACUAAUUGGAUCUGUUAGUAUCUAUGCAACAUACACAAAGUGUGGACGAACUCAGCAGGUCAGGCAGCAUCUACGGAGGGGGGUGAACAGUUGGCAGGUUUCAUACAAAUGGAAAUAUUGAAGUAAUCAACAAAAGAGGGAUGGUUGCUUGGCAACUGUGUUCCUAUGGGGAUUUCAAUUUCCCUUUUUUCAUUGUCUAUUUUGAUUCGUGAACACACUGGAUGUGAGGGUAUAUCAGUCACCACUAAAAUGAUAUUGUUAAAAUUGAACUCAGAGUAAUAUACUGCUGGUAUCUUUGCCAAUGUGAACAAGUGAGCCCUAGAAUAUAUUUCCAACAGAGGACGUUGUGUGUUCUGAUGUACUACUUUCAUGUGUUAGUGCACCAACGAGAUAGCUGCCCUUCUCUUUCUGGGUGGUGCAGAUGAAGUCCUCCUGCACUGUUCUUAGAAAGAUGGCAAGAAAUGCCUGGCUUUGGAAAAGUCAGGAGGGGACAAUGAGGAAGCAGGGGAAUCUCUUUGGUGAGUAUUACAGCAUACCUUCACCAAGUCUAAGUAGCAGAAGGAGGCUCCACUGUCCUUCAUGAUACCUGGCUGUUGUAAAAACUACAUUCACCAUAAGGGAUAAAACCCUCGAUCCCAUUAGUCAUCUGUUUGUCUCUGAGAGCUAAAACGGGAAGUUGCACUGAAGCCUGCCACAGGAUGAAAGGGAUGUACAGACAUCUUGAAUGUGCUAUAGUCACCAUUAUAAUAGUUUGGUGGUGGGAACAAUCCAUCAGCACCUUCGGGAAGUGAUGAAGUUUUUUAUUGGUAAGUGAUAACGUAUGCAGCCAUUACUACCACAUGAAGAUUGUAGGGAAUAUGCAAUAUAAUCCAAUCCACAUUUCUGACUUGCUAUCAAUUCCAGAAGAAAGAAAUGAACUGUCCCCUAUCUGGGUAAAGAGCUUCUGCCCCAUCACUAACCGAACAAUGCACUGCAAACUACAUAUGCCUGCCAUGUUGCCAACAAUAGAUUGAAGGUUUGUGGUGUUAAGUGAUGAAACAGUUAUAUAAUAGUUAAGGAAUAGCUAUAUUUUAACGAUAAUUGUAGCUUUCAUGCUGAGGAAAAAAAUGAAAUUUCAAUUCACGGAUAAACAAUCUGACAUAGGACACGAAAUUUGUUGUUUUGUGGUAGCAGUAUCGUGCAAAACCAUACAAAUCUUUAAAUUACACAAAUAAACGAAUAGUGAAAACAAGGGAUAAUAAAGUGGUGUUCAUAUAUUCAUGGACCACACAGAAAACCAGUGGGGGGGGGGUAGAAGCUGUUCCUAAAUUACUAAUUAUCUUCAGUCUCCUACCCCUGCUCCCUGAUGGCUGUAACACAAAGAGGACACGUCCCUGAUCGUGAGGAGCCUUAAUGAUUGAAGCACCGUCUCAAUGGUGCCAAGAGUUGUGCCCGUGAUGGAACUGGAAUUGAUCAUGACUGAAAAGUGGUGGGAGAGGCUCAAUGGACAAAAUAAUCUCCUUCUCUUGGAUUGGCCUACAUGGGCGCUGUUUACUUUAUACGUCCUUUCGUAAUGAGUACGCUGGCUCUGGAAAUGACACCAGUGGAAAUCUGGAAGGAGGCUGAGAGGACAAAAGAGUUGAGAGAGUUGGUGCAGCUGGGUUUUAACUAAUGUGAAGCCCACAGGUGCAAUAU